AUGUGGAACCGAGCAGCAGUCCUUGAACAUUUGAAGAUAAUCGACCAGGAUGGAACUGGCACGAUUGAUGCCAAGGAGCUUGUGGACGCCCUGGGAGACAAGGAAUUCGCGAAGGAGGUGGCGAGGGCCAUAAUCGCCAACUACGACAAGAACGGAGAUGGUGAGCUGGAUGUCGAUGAGUUCUGCACCUUCCUCGCUUGUGCACAAUAA